AGCCCCGCCCCUUCCACUCCCCCUCCCACCACCACCACCACCACCACCAACUCUUCUGGAUUUUGAAUUUCUCAACUCGGGAGGUUCGGCUGCAUACCCCAAGGAUGAAAACGGAAAAGGAAGCUGCGGGCAGCCCCACUGCUGAAUCUGAGGGGAGCCUCCAGCUUGUGGUGACCGGCAUUGUGGGAGAGGAUUUGCCUGUAGCGAUGCCGUCGCAGGUUAAAAUGGAACCGGAAGAAGGACAGGUGAAUUCUUGGGAGGACCGGUGGCAGAAUUUCCUCAAGGAAGCCGAGUCCUCUUGCUCCAUGUGGGGGAACAUGGACUCCUCGGAAAGACACCAGGAUCUCCGUGGGAGAAGGAUCAUCACCGUCCCGCCCUCCUUCAAGCAGGAUGAACACCCCGAUUCCGAGGAAGCCCAUCGCCAGCAUUUCAGGAGGUUCUGCUACCAACCGUCCGAAGGACCCCGAAUGGCUUGCAGAUGGCUGAAGAAAUUCUGCUGGGGGUGGCUGCAACCAGAGAAACGCACCAAAGACCAGAUCCUGGAGCUGGUGAUCCUCGAGCAGUUCCUGGAGAUCCUGCCUCUGGAGAUCCAGAGAAGAAUUCGGGGAUACGGAGCGGAGACCUGUUCGCUGGCAGUAGCUCUGGCGGAGGAGUUCUUGAUAAAGCAGCAAGAGACGGAGCGGCCGGAAGAACAGAUCCCAAGUCCAGCUGAUGAACCGGCUGGAGAAUUCUGUGAUUCUGGAGAGCCUUCGGUGGGGACCCCAGAGAGACCUCCCUAUAAAGAGAUGAAACUGGAGGGAAACGAAGACGCUUCCUUAUUAGAAAGCGACCAAGAGGUGUAUCAGUCUAUCGAGGAAGAUCAGACAGAUACUUUUGACAAGUCAGAGAUCGAAGAUGUGGUCAUCGACUAUCCCGAAGAAAACGAAAUGCAGAAUUCAGAAGAGGCACCUGUUAGUGAGCUAGACGGGGUCAACCUCUGGCGGUUCACUGUCCCCCCAAGACAGCACAAAGACGGGCCACGGCACAGCUGCCUCCUUUGUGGGAGAGCCUUCACCCGAAAAUCAAGCCUGAAUAGACACCUCAUUAUUCAUACCGGAGAGAAGCCCUACAAAUGUGCUCACUGCGGGAAAAGCUUCAAUCGAAAGACCAACCUGCUCUCCCACGAGAUGGUCCACGCCAGAGACAAGUCGUAUCAGUGUUCGGACUGUGGGAAAAACUUCAAGCCAAAGUGGGGCGUCAACGCCUACCAGAUAGACCACACCGGAGAGAAGGUGUACAAGUGUAUUUCUUGUAAGAAGAGCUUCAGGCAAAGAUUAGAAUUGGGGCGGUUGUUCAAUGGGCAGAAGAAGGAGAUCACCGCAGGGCAGUUGAAAGGGGAGUGGAAAGAUGGGGUCUUUGGCCCUCUAGAAGACCAUGAGAAACAGGUGGACGGCGAGAUGGCCGAAGAAAAAAAUGUAGCCCUGAUCAACCCGUACAACGACCUCGAUAAAAUGAACAGCUCGCCGGCGUUGUAUAAGGGAAGGCAGGGGAGUCCCUGCCCGAUUUGUGGGAAGGUCUUUGCCACGCAGUCGAGUGUGAACCGACACAAGAGAAUCCACACGGGAGAGAAGCCGUAUCAGUGCUCCGACUGCGGGAGAAGCUUCAACCAGAAGACGACGCUUCUAACCCACAUUGUGAUCCACACCGAGCAAAAGCCGUAUCAGUGCUCCGAGUGUGGGAAGCACUUCCGGCAUUCCUCGGGCCUGUUGGUGCACCAGAGGAUGCACACGGGAGAGAAGCCUUACAAGUGUGCCAUCUGCCGGAAGAACUUCACCCAGCGGGCACACGUGGUCAAGCACUUUGUGAGAAAGCAUGCGCGAGAGAAGCCAUCGGCUUACCUUUCUCAGCCACCCAGUAGUGGCGGCCGCUGUAAUAGGAUGGGCCCUCUUUCGCCCUCGAGUCCGGAAAUCGGCUUCUCCUCAGGAGCUCCCCUCUUUGGUGUCCGCACAACUUCGAUUCCUUGUAGUUCACAGCACUGAGCACUUAAAACCACCAGGAAUGCGUGACCCGCAGCCUCAGGUCACAAGGGGUGGGUUGCCAUUUUGCAGAAGAAACGCUCAAAUUAAGAUCUGAAAUAGACUUGACUGUGCUUUAAAACAGCUUCUCCUGAAACUCGGUUUGUGGCGGGGGGGGGGGGGACUUUGGGCCACAAAAAUAACACUGAAUACAAAGAUGAAACUGUCAGCUGCCUUGGCAAAAUGGCUGAGCCCCGCGAAACAACGGCUGAUUUGAAGAUUCCCAAAGACAGUGAAAGAACGUCUCAAUUGUGUGGGCAGUCCUCGUUUACUGGCUGCUUCAUUCAGUGACCAGUUAAAGUCACAUCAGUGCUGAAAAGCUAACUUUACAACUAAUGCCUGCCCUUAACGACCUCCAUAGAGUUCCUCGGUUACGUGAUCGGUCUUUUACAGUCAGUAUACUUUGUCCUGGGCCUGACCUGUUGUUUUUCCUUUUUCCUUUUUUUUUCCCCUCUUUUUUCUUGCAGAUUGGAGAGAUUGAAGAAGAUGACAAGAGAGUAAGCGAGCACAUGAUGGGGAAUACACAUUAAAAGCAAUGUAGUGGCAAUAGCAGCAGGUGUAUUCUCCAUUAUGUACCCGCUUACUCUCUUGUAAUCCCUUCCUCUUCAAACUCCACUGUGUAAACAGGGCAGGGAGAAAACAGGUCAGGCAUAGGAGAGCUUGCCUACAGAAAACCUUCUUUCCUGCCCCCCCGCCUCACAGAUCGGAGAAAUGAGGAAAUUACAAGAGAGUAAGCAGAGCACCCAAUGGGGAAUACUUUGGGAUGCUUACUUAGCCAGAACCAAGACGUUGAUUUCAAUGUCUAUUCCCUAUUGUGUGCUUGUUUACCCUCUUGCAAUCCCUUUCUCUCCAAUAAAUGUAAAUAUUACGUGUUAAUUCCCUUUUUGCUUAUUAUCCCAGGGCCAGGCUUGGCAUUCCAGAGGAUUGGGAAAAUAGAGAAAAGGGAAGCCCAGUGACAAGUCCUGUGAUUUCUCACUUAGUGACUGCUUCGCUUAACAGCUGCUGGGCUAAACGCAGACUACCGGUGUCCCAGAAUACGGUAGCCGUAUAAAAGAAUUGGCAAGUUUUUGAGUGACUGCAAUGUAUAACCGGUUGUAGGUAACCCUGGCGUUCUAUUUGCAUUGUAGCUCUUUCCAAUGAAAUGCUCAAGUUUUUAUGUUACUCCUAGGCAUCAUCCAUAGUGUAUGUUGUGGAGAGGAAAAUGAUGAAAGCACGUGUGACAUAAGCUCCACCCCUUUAGUAAAUGUGCCAAGGAUAUACACACCUAAGAAAGGGACAGUGGUUGGUCAGCAAUGCUACAACACUGCUUUCAUCGUGUUCAUCCGGGUUCGCAUAUGAACACUUUUUAAUACUUUUUAAAAAUUGGAAUUCCCGUGAGAAUUUCAAACGUUCACAUAGAGUGCCGCUGGUGCCAUUUUAACAGGCCUAUAAUGUCAGGUUUCAAACUCUUUCCCAGGUGCUGUGCUGGCGGUGUUGCUUUAAACCUUGGCAACAUGAAGUGGUGGGUACUUCGGCAAGCGGAAACCUUUCCUCUGAAAUAUCACCUAGACAUUUUUAUUCUUUAGUAUUGACCGAUUUGGCUGCUCUAAGUAGGAGGAACUGAAUGACUUUUUUACUCGGCCGUUUUCUUAAUCCAGCCACCCAAUAUGUAUAGCAAACAUCCCUUUGGAAAGAAGUGAAUCUGUUCAGUUUCCUUAAUCAUCAUUAACCUGAUGCUUGUUUUCACACUCUGCAUUUCUGCUUUCCUGCUGAGAAAAUAUUCUCAGGCAUUUAGUUUCUCUUUGGUUCUCUGUGGCAAGUAAGUGACGGGCACAAUCUUUGUCGAUGGAGAGGGAAGGUAGAAAUGUGUUACUCUUCGCAGAAGCUGAUUAGAAUAAUAAACCUAAUAAGAACA